AUGGCAGCCCCCCUCCUCGUCUCCUUCGACCCCGCGGCCCCCGCUGGUCUCUCUCUCCAGCAGAUCGCAUACCUAGGCCGUGUCCUCGUCAAGGUCAACAGUCUGAAGCAGGCUGAGGAUUUCCUGCGCCAGAACUUCCGGGACCUCGACGUCUACCUCGAUGCCACCGACAUCCCUUCUUCGGGGGAUAUCGUCGAUAUUCUUAACACCGGUGCCGCCAAAGUCUUUAUCUCCCUUGACCAAUUAACUGCCCUGUCGCAAGAACAAUCUGUUCCAUCCGACCGUCUCGUUGUCUACACUUCGUCCGAUAGCCAGAUCGAUGCUUUCCAGAAAUGGGUGGCAGAGAAUCCCGAGAGGACGGAUGCCGGUCUCGUUACGGAAUCGGCUACCAAGGCCCUGGCUGAUAAGCUGGGCAUGAACCUUGAGGCGCAGAAUCUCUAUCAGAGCUACCGUGACAACGCAUCGAUUACAGAGGAAGGUCUGAGGCGGACUAUCAAUGAAGGUGCUGUUAGCGUCGUUCCCGCACAGAUUCUGACCUUCGAGCGCAAUCCUUCCGAUGGCCAGAUCUCCGCCGCUUCGCUUGUUGCUGCCCGCGCCGUGGUCGACCAGGGCAAUGGCUUGUAUGCCACCCUUGUCACUGAUGAACGGGGUGUCUCUUUGGGUUUCGUCUGGAGCAGUGAUGAGAGUAUCGCUGAGGCCUUCCGUACUGGUACCGGUGUCUACCAGAGCCGGAAGCGCGGCUUAUGGUACAAAGGUCAAUCCAGUGGUGAUGUGCAAGAACUUAUCCGUGUUGGUUUUGACUGUGACAGCGACUGUCUUGUCUUCAUCGUUAACCAAAUUGGCCGGGGAUUCUGCCACCUCGGUAGAGCUAGCUGCUUCGGUCCCUACAACGGUCUCUCCCGUCUCCAAAAGACCCUCCAAGCCCGCAAAGCCGAUGCCCCUGCCGGUUCCUACACCGCGAGACUGUUCAAUGACCCCAAACUCGCCCAAGCUAAGAUUAUGGAGGAAGCUGAUGAACUUUGCCGCGCCAAUACCAAGGAGGAGAUCGCGUUUGAAGCUGCUGAUCUGCUCUACUUCGCUUUGACUCGCUGUGUCGCCAAUGGUGUUAACUUGGAGGAUGUCGAACGGAAUCUCGACCUCAAGAGCCUCAAGGUUAAGAGGAGAAAGGGUGACGCCAAGGGUCCCUGGGCUGAAAAGGCUGGUCUGGCACCUGCAGCCGAAUCUAAGCCCGCCGAGGAGAAGAAGCCCGAGAAGCCCACCGUCGACGUGAACGCCCGACUCGAGAUGACCCGCGUGGUCACCGCUUCGACACCAGAGAACGUCGUCCGCGACCACCUCAAGCGGCCCUCGCAAAAGUCAAACGAAGCGAUUGUCGGCCUUGUGCGUCCCAUCGUUCAGGACGUCCGCGAGAAUGGCGAUGCGGGUGUGCUCAAGUACACCCACAAGUUUGAAAAGGCUACGUCCUUGACGUCUCCCGUUCUCCACGCACCGUUCCCUGCGGAGCUCAUGAAGAUGUCCCCAGAGACGCAGGAAGCUAUCGAUGUCAGUAUCUCUAACAUCAGCAAGUUCCACGCCGCCCAGAAGGGAAGCAACGAUGCACUCAAGAUGGAGACCAUGCCAGGUGUGGUCUGCUCACGUUUCUCGCGGGCCAUUGAGCGGGUUGGUCUUUACAUCCCCGGUGGUACUGCCGUGCUUCCUUCUACAGCCAUGAUGUUGGGUGUGCCCGCCAUGGUUGCUGGAUGCAAGACUAUCGUGCUCGCCUCGCCCCCGCGUGAAGAUGGCAGCAUCUCCCCUGAGAUUGUCUACGUCGCCCACAAAGUUGGCGCUGAGAGCAUUGUUCUCGCUGGUGGUGCUCAGGCUGUGGCUGCCAUGGCCUACGGAACCCCAAGCAUCAGCAAGGUCGACAAGAUCCUUGGUCCCGGUAAUCAGUUCGUGACUGCUGCCAAGAUGCUGGUGGCCAACGACACCUCUGCAGGUGUCAGCAUUGACAUGCCUGCUGGACCUAGUGAGGUGCUUGUGGUGGCCGACAAGGAUGCCAACCCGGCAUUCGUGGCCUCUGACCUUCUAAGCCAGGCUGAACACGGCGUCGACUCGCAGGUGAUUCUCAUCGCGAUUGACCUAAACGAGGCUCAGCUCAAGGCCAUUGAGGAUGAGGUUGAUGCGCAAGCAAGAGCCCUGCCCCGUAUGGAUAUCGUCAAGGGAUCUCUGGCGCACUCUGUAACAUUUGUGGUCAAGGAUAUCAAUGAGGCUAUGACCCUCAGCAACGAGUAUGCUCCGGAGCACUUGAUCCUGCAAGUGCAGGAUGCCGAGUCCGUCGUGGACCUGGUGCAGAACGCAGGCAGUGUGUUCAUCGGCCAGUGGACUCCUGAGAGUGUGGGAGAUUAUUCUGCAGGUGUCAACCACUCUUUGCCAACCUACGGUUACGCUAAGCAGUACUCCGGUGUCAACCUGGGCUCCUUCCUCAAGCACAUAACCAGCUCGAACCUGACUGCUGACGGUCUUUACGGCCUAUCACGCACGGUUGAGCAACUGGCUGGUGUUGAAGGACUCGAGGCGCACAAGAGGGCUGUCAGUAUUCGUGUGGCCGAGAUCAAGCGGAAUCAGUCGUAA